AUGGAGCACGCGUUAGAAGAGGAAGAGGAUGAUGCAGAAGAGUUAUUCAUGUUGAUGGAGGGGAGUCUGAGGGUAUCCAGGAAUGUCAGAGCGAAGUGGUUCUUCCAGAACCUUGGGAGAAAACUCAAUUACAAGGACGACAAUUUGCCGCCAAAUGCAGAUGGGAUUAGAUUGGUUGGUGGAAUUCCUAAAUCAUCCCAGAAUGUCGGAGACGAACUCCGGGUAUCUCCAACUACAGUAGUCACUUACUUUUCAAACUGCUACCGUCUUAUUUUUGUUAUGGACUUGUCUCCUUCCGCUUUUUCUACUGACGAAAGUGGAUCAGGAAGUGUUUUCUAUACACGGAUUUUAAAGGUCGUCAAAUCUUGUUUGGAGAACGUUGUUAAAAGUGUAAGUCAAUAUUCUGUCAUCAGCAGUUUUCCUUUCAGUUUGAUUUCCCAGGUUCAAAAAUUCAAUUCCGGCCUCAGAUAUACAUUACAUUCUGUGCCUUUUCUCCUUUUCUUUGUUUUACGCACGAAAGUGUAAGUUUAUAUUUGUCCGUAAUCAUUAGCAGGUCUUGUUACAAGGUGUUUUGUUAAAUGAGGAGACCAUCGAUCUUGUUGUGGCCAAUCUCAUUCGAAAGUUCCACUCUUAUGUAAACGAUUUAUGCAGUUAUUGUCAGCCUUAUUUGAGUGAAUGGCAGGUUGAACGGAGGAAGUUCAGGAAGUUUGCGGAUAAAGUGGCGUCAGCCUUAUAUGAUGUUGUGAAUGAAAAUGGGGAAAACAUAGACUCCAAAGAACUUCGAGGAUUUCCGAAGUCAUUUGUAAGGGCGUAAAUUAUUUGGCAGUGUCAUCACGUUGUUUUUCCAGCCAGACUUCAAGGAAAAUUCGGCGGUGGGAUUUAUCCAACCCGACUGGGCUUUAGUCUUCAUGGUCAGACUUGGAUUGAUGGCGGUUCAAAUGUUACCCGAGCACACUCAGUCCAAUCUUGUUAUUGUGACUGACGGAAUCUGUGCGAUCCCAGAUGGAGACGCCCUGCAAAAUUUAAUCAGCCAGUUGAGGAGUCUUACGAUUACGUGCAGUUUUAUUCAGUUGGAACAAUCUUCUCUGAAAGGACCUUCUCUUGGACAUGUUGGGUUUACAGAACUUUUUAAGUGAGUUUUCCCUUUCCUUUUGCACAGGGUCCUCAGAAACUUUUGUAGGGAAGUAUUUUGCCAAAGGCGAGGCGCUAAUUUUUUACUGUAUGCAUUUAGAUUCCUGGCGAAAGCAACAUUUGGCAAAUUUUUGUAUGAAAAGGAUUUGGUCGAUGUCCCCGAUAGACAGUUGAGUUUUUAUCAUCGAGCUUUUUUGUCUUGGAACUUCCAACGGGCUUAUGAUUUGGACGAUGAAUCGAAGACUUUGGAUAUUCUCGGUUUGAAUAAUGAGUAAAUUCUUCUUUUUUUUCUUAUUGACUGGAAUUUAGGAUUACUCGAAAUCGACGGUUUUCGCAUUCAUACUACACUUCCUUAUAUAAGUUGUUGUACGUUCGACUACGAGAAGGUUAUACCAUAAAAUCAGUGUCAACUUUUGUCCGAGAUAAUGUGGAGAUGAUUAGAGUUCAACUGUCGCUUCUCUGGGAGACAAGAGCGACCAUUGAUUACAUUGUAUCUUCUCCGUGGAUUGAAGACUUCCAGGAGCUGUAAGAUUACUUAUUGGUCAUUGUUUUAUUUUUAGGUCCCAUAUUUAUGUUGAACUGUUUAUCGAGGGUUCAGUCGAUAGCCAAAUGGAGUUGUUCACUGACAUCGAUGGGGCUGAUCCUUUAAAGGACACUGUAACAAGGUAAAACAGUUGAAUUUAUAGGUACUUAUAAAUAUAUACGAUUUAGACUUUUACAAGUUGACGGUCUUCUGGUCCAUCUUCAUUCUUUUUGUCGUCAGCCGGCAUUUUAUCAAGUUCCCAAGGAGUUACAGGCUGAAAAUUCCGCACUUUUCGAACAAAAGGCCGGAAAGUUUGUCAUCACAGAGAAGUCAAAACGACUUUCUAAUAGAACGUUUACCAAGUUUUGGGCACCUGCAUGUAACAUCGAUGAGUCUCUCUGGUACGCUUUGUAAAUUUUUUUUAGUUUGUUUAGGCAGAAACUUGUUCAUAUGCAUACCGUGAGGUUAUUAUUAACCGAAGAUGAUUAUCUACCACGACAAUUGUUCACCAAGCACGAUAGAAUGAAGACUAUGGAUGAAAUCACUUGCCAGACUUCUAGCCAAAAAGUAAUCCAAUUGCUGAAUCAGGAAGCCAGCUUUACCUUGGUGAAGGAUUCUUGUUUUGUUAAAUUUGUUAAAAUGUAAGUGGCAUCUUAUGAUGUUUAUUCCUUUAGUGAUUGCGAACAACCCCCUCAAUACUUUUACAUCAUCCGCGCGGUAUUUGAUAUUCCUUGUGUCAUCUUGAAGAUGGCCUUCCUUGGUGGGCUAAGCAGUAAGAAGAGAUCAGCGGUUAGUUUGUCUUUUUGUCCGCCUUUAACAUACUUUUUACAAAUAGAUUGUGCAUGAAUUGUGUUCGCGGAUCUGCGCAAUUAAAGGUCAAAAAAGUUAUAAUCUCAUGACUAAAUCGGCCGAACUUUGGAUGCAAGAAGAAAGAAACAAACUCGUAUACAGUAAGACUAAGAAAACGUUUGAAACUUCACUGGCUCGGGUUGUUAAUAGACCUCUGGAGAGAAUAUUGGUUAGAUACAGCAAGGUUCCCACAGACAUUUCGAAUAUCGUCAGACUGGAGGAUUCAAGUGACAGCUGGGAGAUCAGGGAAAUGAUAAUGCACAAUGCCAUUGCCAAGUAUAUGAGUUGCAGGUGAGGUGCCAUUGGCUUGUUUAUUAAUAUUUUAGGAGGUUUGUCUGGGAAUUGAAGCCUGUUUUCCCGCGCUUGGACAAGGUUUCGCGAAAUUCGAUGGAAUUCAUUUUGGAGAUUAUCCUCAGGCGGCGAUUGAAACAAGGAUUCAGUAUUGCUUAUGGAUGUAAUGGAAUUGUGAACCUCACUCGUCAACUCAAUCAGGGCACUUCAGAUAGCCUUCCGCGAGUCGAACAAUGUGUCCUUUUUGGUCCGGUUUACACUGACACCGAACUCACAAACGAAACGUAAGAACUGCAUUUAUAAUCAAGACAAGAGUCUCGAUAAGAAAUGAGAUACAGGGAGACCUCUUUUUUGACCAUAAAAUUUACAUAAAAAAUGGCUAAGGAAUAAUUGUUUUUUCUCACCGUUUUAAACUAAAAAACGGAAUUUUAAUUAACUUUUGGUUACUGUAAGCAGCAUGAAAAUGACUUGUCAAAUUUAAGAAAAAAAACCUAAAUUUUUACAGAAAACGGCCGAAUGUCGACGAUGAUUUGGGUAUCCCAACGGUUAAAAAACCCCGAAACAAAGCCUCGAAAGGUUGGCCCAGAAUUGCUACAGAAGUGUGGUUGGAGCCAAGAAGUUGCUUGGAAGAGACGGGCGAUGACAACUCAGACCCCGGAGUUGUUAAUCCAAAUGAUAUUGAUCGGGUUAAGAGAGAAGAGGUACGUUUUUUGGCGUUUUAAUUUACGUUUCCAACGUUGCAUUACAGUUCGAGAUAUCUUGUAUCAUCUGCGCUUUCUGAAUUAGUUAAGGAAAGGUGUCGUCAAAUUUCUAAAAGCAAUGGUUGAUUUUUCCUCCUUUAUAACACGUCUGCUAUUGUUUUGAGACUCGGGUUUUUCUUGAACGUUUCUUAUCGAUUCGAAUUAUUUUUGGAGCUUUUAAGUACUAUUUUCUGAAAGGACGCAACUCCACCUUCCAAAAGAUUUCUGGAAGAUUGUUUAAACAGCGACUGAUGUCUCUGUCAGUAUCCCAGUGCGUUGAUCUCGAUGUUGGCCAUGCAAAUUGCUGGGCGGGGUCUUGCCCGUGUGUAUGAAAACGACUCUGAAAUUGAAUAGCUGCACUCCCAUUUCAAACCAUUCCCGAGUCUUUAUCGGUGAUCAGUGAGGGACGGGAAAUAUUGUGUCUGAUACAAAACGACCUAUUAUUAUUUGGCCGUUGCUCUUUGCCAAAACUACAGUGUGCAGAGAAUGUGUGUGUGGGAGGGAGUCGGUCCGGGAUCGGUAGGAAUGACCCUUACUGUUUGAAUAUGAGAGAUUGGUGAUACCGCCGAUAAGGUUCUAGUGCACUUAUAGUUGUAGGCUUAAGUUUGAUCGAGUUUGAGAGUGAUUGGCUGCUCGAAAACACCCGGAAGUGACUCAUUCUCAUGAACGGAGUCUAGUUUUGGUUUCUCUACAUACAGCCGGAUUACGGAGAAGCACUGUUUGCCAGUCAUUCCAGUGGAAUCAUCCAUCCUUGCAUUCUAUAUCCCUGUAAAGCCUGGGGAUUUAUCCGCUCGGAGAUGUGCAAUAUGGUUUGUGUGUUAGGGAUAUGAGUUUAUGUUGUUUUAAAACACUUAAAAAAUAUUGUGAUGGGAGAAUUUGGGCUCCAUUCUCGAAAAGGGGCCAAUUCGUGGAGGCAGAAUGGGGAGGAGGCUUUACAAAAAUGGAGGAAGAGCGGCGAAAAAAGAGGAAAAUAAGCGCUGAUUCAAAUUUUUGUUUGAUCGGUUCGAGUUUCCAUUUUAAAGCCUCAUUCCAUUCCGAGAAUCGGCGGAGUUUAUUUAGAUAAGCUGAAUAUUUACUCUGCCGAUGUCCUAUUUUCUCGAUGGCUUUAAAAGUUAUUUGUAUUAUGUCUGUGACCGGUAGCCGAUUAUGGUAACAUGUGUAACAUGGUUAUUAUAACUGGUUUUGGUACAGUAACCCUAGAAAUAUUCAAUCAACGAAGGUUAUGCAUCGGCUUGAUGACCUUAUGAGUCAGCUCACCGUUUUUGGCCUUUUCGGUUUGGCAAAGAAAGCAUUUAAUAUGCCCUAUUGGAAGUUAUUCCUUACCUUAAAAAAAUACGAAAUCAGAUGGCAAGGUUCUCUGUUUCAUUUCACCUACCAUCGGUGAUUUCUGGUUUCGGUGUAUUGAGAGUUGUUUUAAAUUCUUUUUAAACCAAAAUGAAAUUUUAUUUUCGCGAUCAAGUUAAGACUCGGAAAAACGUGAAGUAUAGCUACCUACCCUUUAAAAACCGCCUAAUUAGAAGGCUGAACUUCCUCUCCUUUCUAAUUGCUACCAUAUCUGAACUGUAAUGCAAAUGAGUUGGUCUAAGUGAAGAAAAGAAUUUCGCUGUGCCUUUGAGGCGUAUUCUACAAGUGAGAUUCUUUUUCUUCAUUUGAACUGAUUUAUUCAGCAAGUAAUAAGCAAUUAAUUUGAAGACUUAUACACUUAUUAUUUUCUUAAGCUCCUCAAAGAAGAUGACGCAAUUGUUAGAGCCCUGUUCACAUUUGACCAACUUAUGCACGCUACAGAAUCAGGCCUUUACGCUGAAGAAGCUCAUAAUUUGGAUAAGGUGGCUAGUCCCGCUUCGAAGGAACAGUUAUCAGCAGCUGUUGAUUUGUAUCAAGAUGUAUUCGAUCCGAAGUCACUGAUGGAUCAUGCAGAUCAGAGAGAGUUCAUGUUGAUGCCAUCGCUCGGGUUUAGUAAGUAAAACUAACAGUUUAUUUGAGUGGAGUUAUAUUUAGCUGAAGAAGAUAAUGAGGAUCGAAAGUUAGCUGAUGCUCGUCUGGAAAGUCUUCUGAAAUAUGUUCAGUCAGAACUGACAGCAUAUGCCGAAUGCUGUGUGGACGCAUUGGAUGACGCCUUUCUAUGGAACUUUGUUGAAGAUUGCCAGCAACACUUUGGGAUCAACAGAUUUUACUCACCUGAAGACACGAGUUUUGAUGCUGUCGUUAAUGUAGAAAACACACUCAAAUUGUCUAGGAAAUGUAACGGGAGAUUCAUGAGCCCAAUGCCGUCAUCAUCUGCUAGUUCAGAUGUAUGUGUUUCGCUAGUUGGGCCAAUUGCUGUACAGAAUUAGCAGUUUAAAACUAUAUAUCAAAUUUUUUGAUUUAAAAAAUUAUGCAAUAUCAUUUUUUAAUCGAAUUAUGAUUUAAAAUCUUAGUGUUCGACCGACGGAUACACGAACGACCACGAUCCCAAUGACUCCGAGGCUGUCCUUGAUGAAGAUAAGACUGAUCCUUUUGUGGAUUCUCCUCUCAACCGAUCUCUGUCAGCUGUGGCCAAUGAUCCGAGCCAUGAUUCAACUUUUACACGAAAUCAGACCAUUUCUAGUCUUCAGAGUGAGAUUUCCCAGAAACUGCGGUCAACAUCUGUCCCAACCUUCCCCGAUCCGAUCAAAGACACCCUCGAUUCCCCUACUGUAAAUAAAAGUUUGUUGGAUGCCUUUGAUGAAGCGAUUGCUUACUCUUCCAGUUCGUUAAAUGAGAUUGGAUCGGGUUCUUCAGGCGGUUACGAUGAAGGAAGUCCAUCGAGGAAACCGAGUGGAACUGGAGAGAAAUCUCGACAUGCCUCAGGACAGAGAAACAAAGAAGAAAAGAGGGACAGAAAGCUGUCCGGAUCACCCGUUCACAAAAUGUAAAUUUUCAAAACUUCUACGCAGAUUAUGGCCGUUUGCGUAUAUUUUUUGGUUUUUUUAGAUUGCCCAGACCGAAGCGGACACUAGAGGAUCUGGAGAAGCAACAUCUCGCUGUGAUGAGACAGUUUCCUAAAAGUCCGUUGGGUGGAUUCGGGAUUUACGCCCGUAGGUUAAACCCCCAUCGUUUGGUAUUUUUCGCCGUCCCCAAGAACGCAAAGACGGUCCGCUUAUUAAUGCCACAUUGUACAAGUGGAUUUCCGGUUAUGGUUUAUUAUGUUGACAAACUAAGAAUGGCCCAGAGAUUUGUGGAGAGCGGCUUUGGAGAGGUGCAAAAUGUCGAGAUUAUAGUCGAAGAUUUCACGGAGAAAGCAAGAAUAAGCACGCUGGCUUCCUUAAAUCAACAAAUCCGGGAGGGCUUUGUUGGGGAAUGUAAGUGGCUUACAGUUUUGUCAACAAAAUAUUAACGUGAUUUUUUAAUUUAUGUGUAUUUAGCCUGCUCGUUGGAUGAAUUUUAUCUCCGAGGAUUGGAAACGGAUGGACGGGCGCUUUCUCAACACCCCGAAUUCACAUUGUCAUCAUUUGACCUUAAAAGUUACGCGGAACAAGUUUUUGAAGAGUAUAUGUUCACAAAAGCAUACGUCGCUGCUACCUUUGUUGCUAUUGGACAGCAGGUCCUUGUGCCGAAGUCAGUUCUUCAAGAGACUACAGAGUACAGGUCAGAGCACGUGUCGUUAGAGGUGGGUCAAGUCCAUUCCAUGAUGAGAAAUAAAUGUAUCCAUCUGGAACUCUACGAAAAUGUCCCCAACAAAUUUACCAAUUCUGAAAUUGAUCUGGAUCCUCUGACUUUGAAACCCCUGCCAUCACCUGAGACUAUGAGAAAAUCGGAUUCCAAGAAGUUCUUUCGACUUUUCAAUGGUUGUCUUUCAAAGUAUAAUGAAUGGAAAGAAUGCUUUCAAAGACUUCUGACUUCGUAUCACUUCAAGAAAGUGCCUGGAUUGGAUGAUUUUUAUUACUUUUGGCCUCAUGGAAAGCCCGUAAUAAGAUUCCAGAAUGUCGAUGAUGUCUCGAGUAAGUAGAAUGAAAUAAACAAUAUGUUGGUGGCUUAGGUUAUUUCAAAGAUGUUUUCCGAGCCGUUGAUGAAAAUACGAAAGGAGACAAUUUAAGUGGAAGCCAUCAGGACCCGCAUGGAAUACCUCCAGGAAAUCAAUACGAUGAUGAUGAUAUUAUCCAGCUUUCUUCAACUGAUAUUUGGCCUUUGUUUAUUCAAUUCUCGAUUGGAGUUAUUGGUCCCGAAGGUGAAAUGGACAGCUUUCCAAUGGCCAACAUCCCGAAUUGCUUGACUGAAAUCUCGUCCAAAUGUGCCAACAGAGUUUUGCAUCCGGUCUGUGAAGGAAUAGGGUGUCAUACGGAGUUAAAGAUCAUUGUUGACAUGUAUAUUUUGACAUGGCCACUUCCCUCGAAUUCUCCUUUUCAACUUACCGACCCACAUUUAAUUUACGCUAGAUAUCAGGAGAAUCAGCAAUAUCUGGCAGAGAUGGAAGAGGAAAAAUAUGCCAGCAAGAGCCGGCAUUCUAGUAAACACCAAGACGACAGGGACGAGAAAGGAGAGUGCAGUGUCGUCAUCCAAGAUGCCGACUACAAAUCCGUUCCGCAUCGGCAGGAAGGUCUCAGAAGAGCCAACGAAUUUCUAAAUCAAUUACCAAAAGUUGAACAUGCCACGAUUACUCAGCUUCAUUUGGCUGUGAAGAGAUUAAUUUCAACGGAAUUGUUUUUUGAUUAUGGGCGACUUUGUGAACUUCCUCCACCAUCGCCUCAACCGACUUGGAGAAUGUUGUCUUCAAUGUUUUGUUUUGUUCGUCAGAUCUCCAGACCAACUGAAUCCGAUCCAUACUCUGUGGUCAACUACCCGGAGGCUACAUUUAUGGCUUACGAGCAGAGGCUGGUGCUCAUCGGGGAUGUCGAGGAUGGAGUGAAGCGUCUUGGAGAACGUCUUGAUGGUUUGCCCAUUGAGUAUGUAAAUUUAAGACGAAUGGACCUCAAGAAUCCGACGGUAUCUGACUUCGAAAUCCCAGAGGAAUAUUUUUCCGCGCAACAGUUAUUUGAUGAUGAUCCAGACCCGUUUGUGUUCUAUGCAAGCUCGGUGGAUGACCCUCUGCGUCUCGAAGAAACGCUUCAGGAAAGGUCGGCAGCUUCGUCAGUAACCCAGAAGCGCAGAGCUUCGUCUUGUGGAUUGGUGUUGGAGACCGUAGUUCGGAAUGUUCCUGACCAGAAAUCAUCCAGUGAAUUCUCCUCUGAAGUUUCGGAGAGUGAGACAGAAACGAUCGACUUAGUGCAACCGCUCAAUGAUAAAGCUGAUAAUGAUGUGUGUUUGGACAAUCCAAAUGGUGAGCUCGCUGGCAGAAGAAGCCGUUUAAAACGUCAGGCUAGCAGAUAUCACUCAUCCAGCAGCUUCUCAAGAGCUUCUUCAUUAGCAUCGAAGACAGAAGGAGAGACCUCUGGUGAUGACGACGAUGACAUUCGUGUUUUAUCUUCUGGAUCCGAAGGAAGAAUCAGUCAGACCGAUGGAUUUGUGGUUGGAAGUGAUUGCGGAACGUUGAUUGCUGAAGAACAAGUCUGUUCAGGUAAUAUUACGUUGUUGUUCGUGUGACGAAGUUGUUUACAGGUGGUAUUGCUCCACUGUCGCCUUUGAAGCCUGCAAUUGAAGCGGGAUCUGCUAAAAUGAAAAAUGGGUUUCCACUGGAAUGGCUUCAAAAGUCUGGCAUCUACGAUGAAAGUUCAGACGUCAGCUCCGAUGAAUCGUCACAAAAAACAUGUCAUGAUAAGACUGAGGCAUAUCGACAUGACUUUUGGAUAAUGAUACACGUCCGAAGAGGUGACCAAUACAAGACCUCAGUUUACUUCUUCUGUCGUUAUAACUCCCCGCAUAAAGCCCUAUUCCACAAAGCAGUCUUCGCAGUAGAGAAGCAGAUAAAGGUAGUUAACCAACAACUCUUACUUGAUCAACUCCAUCAAACUGAAGAGUGCGACCAGUUGCUCCUCGAUAGCCCUGAUAAGUUGGAUAAACAUAACAGUGCUUCCAACCAACCCCAACAACGUCGACAAGUCACUUUCUUUACUCACGAACGGAUUGGAAAUCAUGUCCGUAAUUUUAUGCGCCUCCCAUCGGAAACUGACAAUGACCGUGGUUCUGAUGAUGAAGACUCACACACCUCUGAUGUCGAGCUUGAAGGAGGUCUGGACACCGAAUGGAUGCACUAUGCUAGAUGUAAAUACCCACCUGGGUACUUCGCCUGUGAUAUUGUAUGGCAUCACUGGUUCGAAAUCCAUCCUAGGCUCCAGCCGACUAACCGACUGCACAGCGGCGGUGCAGAUAUGGGGAUUAAAGCAAUCAGAAUGGGGUUAGAACUCUUUGCCGUCCGGAAUCGGCCCAAUCUUUAUGUCUUCAAGGAAGCCAAUGGGAACGUCAUUUAUAUGAGGAUUUUCUCUUGUGAUGAACAACAGCUUGGACAGGAAUUUAAAGACACACCUGGUGAUAAACAGCCAAAGAUGCCCGGACGGAGCAGACCAGGAAGUCACGUUUUGUGGGCGAUUUAUGGUAUUAAAGAACCGUCACCAGAAGUCACCGAACAAAUGAGAGAAAUGUUACAAAAAAAGUUGGACAUGAAAACUCUGGAGGAAAUCCAGAACGUUCUUUUGAAGAAUGCUCAAGUUCGUCUUGAUUACAGUGAUGCAAAGUUCAUUCAACGAGAUCCUCACCAACCAGCUGAAGUCUACUUCUAUUCUAUUCCAAAAGCUGUUGCCCCGUUCCAUCGUGCAUUCCUUGGAUUCUUGGAACAACAACUGGAAACGUUUUGUACCCCACCUCAUGUUCGUGAGCAAAGUGGCGCCUUUAGUCCUGUCACUCCAAGAUCCCCAAAUCCCUCAGCUAUUCAUCGAACGCAUCAUCAUUCCGUGGCUUGGGCGUUCUGUCCAUUCGUACCCGAAGGCGCUCCCAAGAAUCCGCCCGAUUACAAUCCAAAAUUUUAUCUCAUAAACAAGCCGCCAGGUGAGGGAAUAUUGAAAUUCAUUUUGAAAAUAUUUUCAGGAGAAGGCCGAAGGGAUGUGGGAUUGGCUUGCAUUGAAGUAAAGCUUCUCAAUUCCAAUAUGGAAUGGAUUUCUCAUCCGAGUCAUGCAGAACCAAGUGACUUGGCCAAUCCUUUAUCCGGUUUCGUCCAGAAGUCGCAGUUAACUUUCCAUCAAAGGAUGGUCUACAUGCAAAGCCUUGCAUGUUGUGAGAAGAUCUUCGAUCCAGUCAGAAAACAGAGAGGAGAGUACCCUGCGUUAAUAGAGUUUAACGUUUGGCAGAAUGGAAACGUAAAUCUUGAGGAACUGGAUCACAAGUUUAUGGUCACAACUCAGCAAGCUGUUUGUGAUAUACUUACUGAAUAUGGUCUCCUGGCCAUGUCAAUGUUUGAAUCGGCCGGUGUUCAAUCGCAUUCUGGAUCCUUUACUCUUCCUACUUCAAACCCCAAGGCAAUAACAGGUACCAUGGAUCCGAAGGAGAUAGCGGCAUAUCGAGCUCAACAGAUUGCACAGUCUCGUCAGGACCAAGGGCCUACUCAUCGACGACAUACUGUACUUGGAGACAGACGACGAUUAGGGUCGGACGUGAGUUCCAACCCUGGUCUUCAACCAUUCCACCAACCUCAGUGCCCUCCAUCACCUGUCCACCAACUGCAUCCACAAAGUCAGCCAAAUCCUUUAAACAGAAUGGCGUUGCAACUUGACGAUGACUUUAUGAGCAAGGUUACUGCGGCCGCUAUGGCGGACUACAAGUAUGAUGUCCCUGGCUCGCCAAAUCCAUCUUCCGGUAGGGUUGUUCAUGAUGAUUGUUAAUUUUUAGGUGGUUCUAACGAUUCGAAGGCGGAUGGAUCUCAUCCAACCCCACCCCAAAACUCGACACCCGCACUGAGUUCUACAGCGAUGGGAAUAUACGGUUUUUACCAACACGAGGACAACAUGACUCCGCCGUCUUCAAUAAGCAGACACCACGGCAACCACAGUGGUGGAAAUUCAAACCCCCAAGGCGGUUUACAGAGUCCCUAUGGGAGUGUUGUAGGGCUUAACAAUAUGAAUAGGAGUUCAAGCGGAAGCGGUGGAGGUGACAAUGUUAGACAGGCGUCACCCGCUCUCCAUGCAUCGGUUGCUGCAGCUCUCGGCAAAUCGAUGGACGAGUCUCAAUUCCAGGCACAAGUUCAAUUGCCUCCGCGGCUAGCUUCUAUGGGUGCCAAUCCUCCCUCAGGGGUUGUAGCAGCAGCAAUUAAUGCUGUUGCGAACAUCACAAAGUCCGAUCAUUCUCCAACUCGACCCCGUCAGGCUUCUCAUAAAGACAACGCAAUUAGUACUCCACCUCCGCAGUCCUCGUCCAGACAAUCGCCAGCAGGAUCCCCUGUGGCAUUGGAAUGGAUGAGAGUCGAUUUCGCACAGACUGCCGCGGAUUGGUUGGAGUACUGUGCGCAUGGGACGAAGAAUGCCGUGAAUGUGGAUAACUCUGUAAAAAGAUGUACUUUUAUGUUGGAUUGCGAUGGCUCGGCUAGAAAGAUUAUGCAGGUAGCUAUAGUAUAUAAUUGUCAGAAUUUUGUUCCAGGUGGUGUUUGAUCGACUAAAACCAACUUUUAAAAGUGAGAGGCUUACAAUCUGCAAAUGCGUGUCUCCCAGUCCUGGAAUGCCAUCCACUGAUUACUGUAUGCCAUCCGGAAGGAAGCUUCAGACAUUGAAUUCUAUUAACACUCUAUUGGAACCAAUUGAAGUAGACCUCGGAAGAGCAAUAACUAUUGACGAGGACGAAGAGAUUGAGUUGGUGUUGUUUGGAUUUUACGACAAACAAACGAACCCGUCUCCCAAAGGCAAGGACUCCAAGUCAUCAUUUGAUAAAUCGGUCGACGAUGGAGGUUAGUGCCGUCUGUUUAGUUACUUAACCGCAUUAAAAUUGUAGGAAGGAUCCAGCGUUUUGCUCCACUGUACGACCCGUUCAUUCCGCGAAAACGGGUAUUCUAUCUUGUUGCCAGAGGCGAGACGAUCACAAUGUUCUUAUACAAUUACACCAAAGACUUAUGCGACAAGGCCAGAGAGAUUGUGAAGAGGACAGUUCUUUGGCAUAAUGCAAGAAGCCGUCUUCUUAGGGAGAUUGGACUUCACAAAAUGGGGGUGACUCAUCUAAGUACGUUAAAGACGAAUGAAACCAAAUACAACUCGUACCUGUUGCUUACAUGGCUAGAUCCGGAGACUCUUGUCCGAAAUGAGUACCCACCAGAUGACCUAAAGACACCAGAUUUCUCAAAGAUACCGAGAAAAUAUGCUCAACUCUUACUAAAAUUGUACCGAUUCUCCGGUAAGCAUCGCAUUGGAGAUAGGUACAAUGUUUAUUUUUCAGAUUCUGCGUUUGUGGCCAAGAACUUUUCUGCUGAUCCAUUCGAAGAUCAAACUCAACAAAUGUUAACACUAAGGGAUGACGUGAGAGCUAAACUGAACGACCACAGAUUAUUUGAUGAAAUCCAUAGAAGUUUAAUUAACGGGCAUUCCGAAUUACGAGAAGAUGGGCUGGUCCGAAUUACAUCUAGAUCUCAUCACGCUCACUUUGUCCAGUCUCCUUUAUUGCUGUUUACAAGUUGGCGAUACCAGAUAGCCCAGAUCCGAAAGAAUCUCGCCUCUCAUGUCGGAAUUUCUGGAAGGGCGGCCGAUGGCGGGGUCCGUUCCAAUUUUCCCAGCCUCACCGGAAACACCCAAAAGAAGGCAUCAAUACCUGAUGAGAAACAGGGUGCCGGGGGAUUGAAGUCAUCAUUGAGACCCAAGAAUUCAAGUGGACCGUCAACAAAAAAUCGGUCGAAAACAAUGACGUAAGUAUUAAUAAUAUGUAUCCCAUCAUAAUAUUAUCCUUACAGCUUCAUUCAAAAUCAAAAGAAGCCGGAAUUAGGUGAAGAAGUUGAAGCUCACAGAAAGCCGUCGAAUAUGAUCAACUCCGCACCUUUGCACUCAGUUCUCAGCCAUCCGAAAAUCGAAGAUGAGUUCUGUAUAUUAAAGAUACAGUACAUGCUUGUGGAAGACUAUGUUCAUUAUCUUCAAUUGAUCGGGUUGAAUCUUUUAAAAAUUCAUUCGGAAAAUCAAAGUCAAGCAUUCAACCUGCAAUACACCGCUGAUUGCACACAGGCACCGAAUGUAUGGCUAUAUCUGGCUAAACCUGGCGGUAUAAUAUUUGCCCACGUCACCUUUGUAGAGCCCUAUUUUGCGGUACGUCAUCUUAAAACUUAUCGUUGUACUUAUAUUUAGAUUUAACGUAACCAAAACUACUUAAUUUCUAGGUGAGCUUCUUGUUUUGGAAUGCCUCUCAACUCGGGGAUUAUUUCCAUCCGGAUCAAGCAGUGCCUCAGAAGGAUCUUGAUGACAUGAGACAGAUUGAGCUGAUAAAGAAUGAUCUGAUUUCUCGUUGCCACGUCCAUUCGUUUACAUACGACUUCCAUCUUCGUAUGGUUUCAAAGUAUCUAACGGGCGGACAACAAGUGCUGUUCAACAGGGGAUAUAACACUAAUGCCUUCCUCAUCGAUUUCUUACAGUACUAUGGAUGCCGUCCUCCGUUUGCACAGAAUUGCAUUUACGAAGAACGGGCGACUUUUGAAUCUCUGAAAGUAACUUCCCAUGUUGUUUGGGAGUACUUCUUGAACAACGAGGCCCAAUUUGGAUGGGAAGUGGUCAGAAUCAAGAAUGUAGAAGCCAAUGAAUAUAUGCUAGUUUCCAAAGAGCUCAGAGAAAUAUCCGGACACAAAUACACAUUAAUAAGCGUUGUGCUCAACGACACCAGGGCGGGGCAUACGAAUGCUCAUCAUAUUGACCUAAAGUUAUAUGUGAUCAUGGUGGCUGAAGAAUUUAGUAAGUUAUAAAACGAUAAUCAAAUUAUUUCUUAGAAUUUUCUCUGUCCGAUGCAACAGGCUCAAUGCGACGAAGAGCGGGAAGUGGCGAGUUUGCUCGGAAGGCGACAUCCACUGAAAGCUUAUCGACCGCCCAUUCGCUGAUAUAUCUCAGAGAGCCAACGUAUUCUGGAUCUAAUAGUUCAAACGCUAGCGGAACUGGAGGUGAAUUUACUCGAGUUGAGAGACCGGACAUACUUCGACAGAACGAAAUCUCUCAAAGUUAUUCAGAAGCCCAUGUUAGCAGGUAAGGGUAACAAAAGAUACAUAAAUCUUUGUUUAGAAUGGAUUCUUUUCGAAACCAGAUGUUGAAAGAAAAGGAGAUCAAAGCUCUGGACGAGCUGAUCGCAAUGUCGACUGAUGAACUCAUGUAUGACAUUGGAAUCCGGCCACCACGCCAACCAGCCUCCACUUCCAAACAACGGAGACAUUACAGUGGAGGAGAUAUAAACACGUUGCGAAGGAAAAGCGAAUCUGGAAACGAUCGAAACGACAAGAAUGGAUCAGCUCCUCCGGUUGAACACGGAUAUCUCACGGGAUCUCAAAAGAAUUGCUCUCAGAUUGGGUCUAGGAUGACAAUCCGAUCAGCUUCGGCAGAAACCAGGAAGACAGAGACCCGAAGAAACAGUGAAGCCAUUCCUCAAACCGCCGCUUCUUCGAGGAGAAUGGGAGGAUCCUUGACAAAACUCAACUUCUCUGAUCGAAUGGAUGAAGUGUGGAAACAACCGGAAGACACGGACAACUCUUUUGUAUCCUUUGAUAUCUCCAGCGGCGACAAAGAAAGACUGUCUAUCCAGAAGUCCCCGAUGAGAAGACAUCAUCAAGCUUAUCUAGAUGGGCUCCUAAAACGUCAGAGUGAUGCAGUAUUGCCUCCUGAACAGGUAAGAACAAUGCCACCUUCUCUAUUUUGUAUCUUCAGGUUACCUAUGUCCAUUACUUGUCGAAUCAACAACGUCGUUUACAACACUUGCUAGAAGAAAGUGCGAAAGUGAAGAAAGAAGAGUUAAAAGCUUUCGUCCAUGAGGAAGCUGACAAAAUUUGUUAUAUCAACUCCCUUUGGAAGAGAAUGCAUGCCACGAAGACGACCAGUGGAUCUAGGAGACCACAUGGAACAACUUUAUUUGCUACCAAAAAUGAUUCUGGGGGAGACUCAAACUCCGCAAAGUCGGUAGUGCCAGAAAUGUCUUUUGAAGACCUUGAAGCUAUGCUUAAAGUUGUGAAAGUUCAAGAGAUCGGAACAGAACAGCCGCAGGUCGAAUCCCUCCUAAAAGAUCUUAAUUUCACGAGAUUCAUCAAGUUCAUGAAAUCCAGCAACGAAUUAGUACAUAGAUGCCGGUACUUUGAUCAUACGAACAAGCGAAUUAUAGUAUUCCUAACGCCCGGUGAGGAGGAGGAAUCGGCUUUAAUGAUCAUGGAAACCGCAGCAAUACCAAAGCUACAGCUAUUCUUGCUGAUCAAGGAUACCUCCAAGGAUAUUGUUAUACCGGAUCCACCAAAGGUCUACAGGCACUUUGAGCAAAUCGUCAAUUUCAUCGGUUCUUUCGUCCUUCUGGACCUGGUCAACAAUAUGCCCAGCUUACCCUAA